UCCGAGAUAGGCUAUCUACAUCACAGCCCCGGAUUUCUUGUACCCCAGACUUGUGUCAUGCUUUUCCACCGAACUGUGCGGGGAAUAUACUUGGCAGCUGGGCAACAUAUGAGUGCCAGGACUUAGCCAAGACAGACCAUGCGGAUUGCAGGUCUGGACUGUCGCUGUGAUUUGAGGGCGGUCUGCCGAUGGGUCCUUGUCGCUCCACAAUACACGGUGCUCUGGAUUUAGUUUCGUGUCGAGAAGGCGCGAUGGGGCGAGGCAGAGUACCUAGACCCGGGGAGAAAGCAGGUUGGACUGGAUGAAUGGGAUACAAAUGCGAGCACGAUCCCUGAUUCUGGGAGGUCCAACUGUAUAUCGUCGAAAAUCUGGUGUUUCUACCUACCGCAAACCUCACAAACGAUGCUCAUCGACGAAAAGACUGACGUCGACCACGUCGAAAAGGCACACAUCCCACCCGCCCACAGUGACAAUGAUGCGACCCCCGAGCAGGACUGGACCGCAGAAGAAGAGCGCGCGAUAGUGAAGAAAGCCGACUGGAGAGUCUUUCCAAUGCUGUGCAUCGUCUUCGGCCUUUCCCUCCUGGACCGGACAAACAUCUCCUCAGCCUACAUCGCGGGUCUUGCGACAGACCUGCAACUCACCGGGCAGCGCUACAAUAUCGCGCUGCUGGUCUUCUUCAUUGGGUACUGCCUCUUCGAGCUUCCAUCCAACUACGUGAUCCGCCGCCUGGGCGCGAGACUGUGGCUAUCAUUUCUCAUCAUCGCAUGGGGUGCGUGCGUGUUGAGUAUGGGGUUUGUCCAGAGCUGGGAGGUGCUUACUGUGCUGCGUGCAUUUCUGGGCGUGUUCGAGGCGGGGCUCUUUCCUGGUGCAGUGUAUAUCAUUGGGUCGUGGUAUCGACAAUUUGAGACCGCGAAGCGGGUGUCCAUCUUCUACAUGGCGGCGUUGUUGGCUUCUGGAUUCGGACCGAUCUUUGCGUAUGCGCUUUCGCUCAUCAGCGUUGGCGACGGUCUGUACAGCCAGGGUUGGCGCUGGAUCUUCAUCAUCGAAGGUAUCGCCACCGUUGUUGCAGGCUUGAUCGCGCCGUUCUUCCUCAUCGAAUUCCCUGAGAAAGUCCGCUUCUUGACCGACCGUCAAAAGCAUAUUGCCAUCACGCGCGUGUCUCUCGAAAAAGCCGGCCAACAAACCGCCCACGCCACCGUCGCAGAGACUCUCCGUAUGAUCUGGGACUGGAAGCUGCUCAUGUACUCAAUCCAGUACUUCGUCGCUGCCUCCAGCGUCUACUCCCUCGCCUUCUUCCAACCCAUCAUCCUCCGCCAAGGCAUGGGCUUUUCCUACGCAAAAGCCCAACUCCUCUCCUCACCGCCCUACAUCUUCACCGUCUUCGCCUCCCUCGGCACGUCCUGGUUGUCGGACAGGCUGCGUCUGCGCUGGCCGAUUCUCGUCGGGCAGUCCGUGAUUGCGAUCGUAGGUCUGCUUCUCGUGCUGUACCCGCAGCCUCCAGCGGCACGCUACUUCGGGCUGUUUCUUGCGACAUGGGGCACGCAAGGCAAUGUGCCUGCUAGCCUGGCGUACGGGAACAAUCAGACUGCCAGAGUUUCGAAGCGCGCUGUUGUGGCGGCGGUGAUGAUCAGUGUGGGUGCGGCAGGAGGCGUGACGGGGAGUACGAUUUUCCAAGCCAAGGAUGCGCCGCAAUAUCUUCCAGGGAUGUGGGCCACCAUUGCGAUGCAGAUCCUCUAUUCCAUCGUCACGAUCUGCAUGUCGAUGUAUUUCAAGCGGCAGAACCGGCUGGCGGACGAGACGGGGAAGACACUGGAAGGGGUGGAGGGAUUCAGGUAUGCGCCGUGAAGUGCCAUAUCCGCCAAAGCCAAACCCGAAGAACCGUUCGUGCCAUACGAAGCAAUGCAAACCAUCAUCGUGCCAUACGUCAUUU